AUGGCGCUGAUGCUGCAUAGCCUACAAGAGACAGCACAACUGCGUCAACGAUAUGAACCUGAAUCGAUUCUAGCAAAUCUUUUCAUUCCUUAUCUGGACGAUUCUGGGAUGUGCCUUAACUACCCAGACAGGUCCUACAACAUCAUUCGUUCCACGCCAAUGCGACGAGGCGACUGGAACAAUGACCAAGAAGCGUUGAGCUUGCUGCCGUUCAGCAACGAUGGCAGCGUCUACAGCGCACUCUGUAAUCAUCGCGCUCAACAGCAGCGAUCCAUUCACCCCGAGGAACUUGAGGAGCUAUGGUGGGAUCUUCGCCUGCGCAUCGACGGCCCACGCUUGGAGGAAAAGGUUCGCUACUGGUUUCGGCGACUACAACUCCACCUCACCGCGCCGACAGACCGAUUCCCAGUGACAGAGGCUUAUGCUCAGUACGAACCUUUCUAUCCCCACGCAUCAUGGGCUGGCAAUGAGCAGACAGAGACCCCACAUUCAAGUCGCUCUAACAUGAAGCAGCUUCCACAAGAGGUGCUCGUGAUGAUAUCGCAAAACUUGGACCUUUACAACCUGAUGGCCCUUGGCGAACUCAGCGCGAAAGCGCGGCAACGAGUCAUUGAGCUGCUGGAUGAAGUUGCGCGCGAAGAGAUUCGCGUGAACCACCCGUGGAUGCUGCCAGCGACGCAGGAGGAGUGGGAUAGCUUCAACCAAGAAGCGGAUUGGGCAGCUAUUUGGCAAAAGAGCAACCUUGCAGACAUAAAUGAUGAUUAA